AUGGCUGAAGUUGAUGCCAAAAAUUUUCUUGAAUAUUGCGGCCCACAGCCAGGAGUCAAGUAUCCGAUACAAGUCUUAUAUUGCGGAGAAUGUGGGCUGCCAGUUGAGUACUGCGAGAAUUACCCCAACUAUGAGAAGUGCAAAGCCUGGCUGGAGAAGAAUGUGCCAGAUGAAUUUGAAAAGCUCAAGGUUGAUAAAGAGGAAGAUGUUAGUGGAGGAGACAGCAAGGAAGAAGGAGAAGAGAAGAAAAAGAGACAGACAAGAGGAGGGAAAGCGAUCAUGAAAACAAAGAAGAAAAUUGAACCACAAGGCGUGAAGUUGUGGACCCAGACCAGAGGCAAGAAGAAGAAAGUGACCAUUGUAGUUGGGCUAGCGUCUUACGAAAUUGACCUGAAAGAGGCCAGCAAGUUUUUUGCUGGGAAGUUCUCUUGCGGCUCAUCCAUCAGCGCUGAGGAUGAGAUUGUGAUCCAGGGGGAUGUCAAGGAUGACCUCUUUGAUAUUUUACCAGAAAAGUGGAAGAUUAUUGACGAAGACGAUAUAGAGGACUGCGGGGAAAAGAAAUAG